UUCUCAUUCAGCUAGUUUAAGUUUCUAUUAGAUCAUACUUUGUGAUCUUUCUUGUUUGAUAAUGGCGACAAGAACGAGUAUCCUUAGCUUAGUGUUUGCGAUGAUGAUGAGCUUCACGGUUCUCUCGGGUUACUCUUGGGCGAGGGUCUACAAAGUUGGAGACUCCGAGGGAUGGACUGCUAAAGACGAUGUCUACUACGCUUGGGCAGAGAGAGACUAUAAGGAGUUCCACGUGGGAGAUUCUCUCGUCUUCGAAUACGAUCCCAUCAUCAACGACGUGACUCAAGUCUCUGGCGGUUUGGAAUACGAGUUCUGCGACCUUUCUUCUCCUAAAGCCGUAUACAACACAGGACACGAGGUCGUGACUCUCACAGAACCAGGUUUUCACUACUUCAUCACCUCAAACCAAGAACAAUGCGUAUUGGGACAUAAGCUCGAAGUUCUUGUCGUCCAAGACCCCUCAAGUCCGGUUCCUCCACCAACACCUAGCAAGACCCUCCCUGUCGGAAACACCUACAAGGUCGGAGACUCAGAAGGAUGGAAAGUUUAUGACAGUGACUUCUACAACAAGUGGAGUGAGGAGAAACAGUUUCAUGUUGGAGAUAGUUUGAUUUUCGAGUAUGCCGAUGAAGUCAACGACGUUUAUAAGAUCAGCGGGGAUCUAGAGUUCAUGACGUGCGACCCAACGUCUCCUGUAGCUGUGCACAAGACAGGACACGAUCUUGUUAGGCUUACGGAACCGGGAGUUCAUUAUUUCAUAACCUCAAACUCGGGUUCUUGUGAGGCUGGUCUUAAGCUUCGAGUGAUGGUGGGACCAGUACCUAAAGUUGUUCUUUACCCUAAUUUUCCGAAGAAGGUGGACUUCUCAGCUAUGGAGCGCCUCAACAACUGGUUGAAGACUUUCAAACCCCAACAUUAACAAGCUUGGAGCUAUUGUUGUCUCUUUCUCUUGUCUCGUUUUAGUUUUUUUAUUUCUCUGUUACCAUCGUUGUAUAGUUUAUUUGAUUCAAACAGUAUUCAAUAAAAUUUCAUGUUUGAUUAAACGUAGCUGAAUCACAAAACUAACAUACAAUUUGAAUAUCAAAUGUACCUUUUAUUAAACUCAACAGAAACAAAACUACGAGUUUCAAGCAAAUUCAGUUUACCAACACUACUGCAAUUCCUUUUAUUAAUACUAAGGGAGACUCUCCUUCUUUCAUAAGAGUGUGUCAUAACAUUAGUUGCCAUUAAAUAAAUAGACACUUUAACUGGUUUCUUGAACUGGAACAGAGCUGUUCGUUUCCUCGGACACUUUGAAGAAAGUGUAAGACAGUAUCAGGUUGUUGAUUCCGUCCAUUCUUGGAUCAGUCUCAAACUCCGGAUCAAUGUAGAAGAGCACCUGCCAAACAAAAAAAAAAGAAAAAAAAGUCUUAGUGGGUUCUUGAUUUUGCUCAAGGAAUAUCAAACAGAGCCAAUAACAAAU